CGAUGGCCGCUCUCUCAUCACUAUUUGGGUUUUAACGCGAAAACAAUGGCUUCGUCGCUCGGAGCGGCGCGUUUCCCUCCGCACUGAGCACCGGAAUGAUGCCGGGAUCGUUUUAGCGGGUCGGUUUCCGCUUCGACGCGGCGCCGGAGAUGUGCCGCCUCUGUUAGGAACUCAGUGUUUUUCUUCUUCGUCUACCCCGGGGCCUGGCCCCAACUGCCUACACCGUAGCGGCGGGCUGCUACCUCUCGGAUGAGCGGGCACUAGCUCCCGGGAAGCGGUGCGGCUGUAGGAUGGAUCCAGACGGUGGGGCAGACUCACAGAAAGCUGUCAGUUUGCAGUGGAAGAGCUACAAACUCGUCCAGGACCCUGCCAUCAGAAGGGUCACACAGAAGAUCUACAGAUACGAUGGCGUGCACUUCAGUGUGCCGGACUCUGGAUUUCCCCCCGUGGGUGAACUGCGGGACCCUCGACCCCGGAGGCUGUGGUCCAGGUAUACAGAGAUGUCUUUGCCAGUGCCAAAGUUUAAGCUGGAUGAGUUCUAUGUGGGUCCCAUACCCCUCAAGGAGGUGACCUUCGCCAGGCUCAAUGACAACAUCAAGGAGCCCUUCUUGGCAGACAUGUGCGCCAAGUUCGGUGAGGUGGAGGAGAUGGAGAUUCUGUUUCACCCCAAGACCAGGAAGCACUUGGGACUGGCCAGGGUGCUGUUCACCAGCACCAGAGGCGCCAAGGACACGGUCAAGCAGCUGCACAACACCUCCGUCAUGGGGAACAUCAUUCACGCACAACUGGAUAUAAAGGGCCAACAGAGGCAGAAGUAUUAUGACCUGAUGGUAAAUGGGUCCUAUACUCCUCAGACGGUGCCCCUGGGAGGCAAGGCUUUGACAGAGAGGCUCCAGCCUCAGCCCCCAACACAGCCGCCACCACCACAACCACAGCCUGACACGUCAACGGAAGUCCGACGGCGGCUCUCUAGUGACCUUGUGGUUUUGGCAGCGGGGGUCCAGGCCCUCACAUCAGGAAGCGUUACCCCUUGCUCUGUGGACACUGGCUUCAGUGAUCAGCGCCUGGACACGCCCCCCUCCACCAUGGCAGGCCCCUUCACCCCGGGCUCCACUGCUUCGGUUCAGAGCGGUGGAGGAACACCAUACAGCUCCAGGUCCGGGACUCCUUUCUCGCAAGACUCGGGUUACGCCGGCAGCAGACAUACUGGGUUCAACACUGGCACUUUGGGCAGCGGCUACCCUCCUCAGGACAUGUUACCGUCCUCCUCCUCAUCUUCUGCAGUCUCGUCUACUGUCGGAGGAUAUAAAGUUUCACGUUACUCCGAAGAUGCGCAGGAGCCUUCAGUGUAUCAUCGAGGUCGUCCUAUGUACCCCCCAGCCACGUCAUACCGUCCCAAUGAGCCACCGUGCUACCCUCCGUACCCAAAUGUUAGCGGGCCAGGGCCACACAUGGCCCACCACUCGAUGCCUCCACCACCCCUCGCCACCCAAUAUGAUCAGCCCGCAAUGUCGGACCGGGACCGUGACAGAGACUCAGGCGUGCGCUACGGCCCAGGGGGCAUCGGUUCCAGGAGGUCAUCUUACCACCACCAGCAGGACACAAACUCUUCUUCAAAAUACCACACCCAUCAUUCUCAUCACCACUCAGAUCGCAGGGACGACAGGGGGCACCGGCGAGACAGCCUGGGCUCCCGGUCGGGCGACCACAGCCACCAGAGACACCGCAAUCACCACCAUUCUCACAACCACCACGGCAGCGGCAGCCGCAGAAGGAGCAGCCACGACCGAGACAGGGACAGAGAUCGAGAUAGAGACGGUGACUACUCCAACAGCUCCGAUCCCAGAUACAAUUCUAACUCUUACCGCUCUUCCUCCAACAGCAUGUCUCCCCCACCCUCCUCUUACCCUGCGUUCUCCUCCUCCAAAGAGCCUGCCCCAGCCCCUCCUCAGGGAUUGGACGUUUCCACCCGACAAGGGUGCACGACCCUCGCAGAGAGGGGCUCUCUGCCUUCUGUGGGUGCUGACAAAGACUAUCAUGCAGGUCACCAUGGUGCUCUGCCUCCACCUCCACCACCCCCACCGCCCCUCCCACCGGCCUCUGUUAUUGCAGCGGCUGUAGCUGAGACACUUGGAACAAUGGACUUCAGUCAGGACAGUCCGGCUCGUGAAGAGCAGUGGACAAAGCCCAAACGCCGUCCCAGCACGCCGCCGGCACCGCCGAAGACGCCCCCACCUUCCUCCCCGCCCCACCCCUCCAUAACUUCCUCCACUGCUUCCCCUUCCUCUACCUCACUCCCCCAUCACCUCCCCUCUUCCUCCAGCUCUCCACAACCUCCCCAGCGUGACUCCUCUUCGCCAGAGCCAGACUCCACCAAUGAGAGUUUACCGUUUGCCUACCACAGCAGCAGCCUCGACUCUCGUAUUGAGAUGCUCCUGAAGGAGCAGAAGGCUAAAUUUUCCUUCCUUGCCUCUGAUGAGGAAGACGAGGAUGAUAAGAAAGAGGACAAGCAGAGGGGCGCGCGUGGGGAGCGAAGAGGGGAGUCGGGUGAUGCAACAGGGGAGCACACGGGUGCUAAUCAGGUGGGAGACAAUGGGAACAAGGACCAGAGGAGGAAAGGGGAAAAUGACAGAGGAAAGAAACUGGGAAAGGGAGGAGAUGGUAGGAAAAGCCCCACUGUACUCAAUGCAAACACGCCAUCCUCCUCCACCUACUCUCCGCACAUCCCACCACCAGAGGAGCCCCAGGCCCAGGUCGGCCUUGCUGGGCCUGGAGCUUCGCAGGAGGAAUCUUCACAGGCGGGAUCUGCUGAUACGCGGAGCACAACAGGAGCACACACGCCACCUUAUAAUGGGCAGAGUCAGUCCUCCCCUCAUUCCUCAGGGGAAGACAUGGAGAUAUCAGACGAGGAGGAGGAGGAGGGGACUACCAUCACAACGGUGACCACCCACCAGCCCUCGAUCACCUCAGGCUCCUCGCCCUCUUCGUCCCAGGCUGCGAUGCCUUCACAAGCAGCUGACCCCUCGUCUUCGCCCCAACCGAUCUCUGACUCUGCACAGCACUUUGGCACCUCCAUGCACCCGCCCAUGCCCUCCUACCCUCCCCAUUUGCCACCGCCGCCUCCUCCCGGUUAUUCCCUCCAGCCGCCACCUCCCCCGGGGAUCCCUCCCAUUCCCCACAUGGAGCUCCACCCUGAGUAUCCUCCUCCCAUGCCCCAUCACAUGUAUGACUAUGCCACCUCCAUGGAGCUGAUGAACCAGUACAGCGGCGGAGCUCCCAUGUCCUUCCAGAUGCAGACCCACAUGCUGAGUCGCCUGCACCAGCUACGCUUGUCGUCGUCCAACGGCACCCCGAGCCCUGGUGAGGCAGCCACUGCUGACUACACCUCCUACCACCUCCACUCUAUGCCACCACCCCACACACACCACCCCUACAUGGACCAAGAGGGGAGCGUGGCGGGUGCUCAUUACGACCAGGACCACCGCUACAUGCCCCCUCAUAUAGCCUACCCCUACUCCGACCCCCACAGCACUCAGAUACCCCCCCUUCAACACCACGGCAUUCCGCCGCCUCACACGGGCUGGCCGCCACACGUCCUACAACCACACUACCCCUCUUACAUGCCCCCGCCUGACUACAGCACCAUGCUGCCGGCGGAUGGAGACGGGUACACAGCUCCUGGCGAGGAGAUACCCCUGCUGGCUGAGAAUCCGCACGAGGCCACGGUGCAGAUGGUCCUGGCCACUCUGAUCCAGGAAAUGAAAAACAUCAUGCAGAGGGACAUGAACCGCAAGAUGGUGGAGAAUGUCGCCUUUGCCACCUUUGAUGAGUGGUGGGAGAGGAAAGAGACCAAGGCCAAGCCUUUCCAGACAAUGGUCAGGGGGGUGUCUGCGUUACGGGAGGACGAGAAGAAAGAGGAAAAGGUCAACCGUCCUCGGGAGCCUCUCAUGUCUCUCGUGGAUUGGGCGAAGAGCGGUGGCGUAGAAAACUUUGCUCUCCGUGGGGCGCUGCGACUGCCCUCCUUCAAGGUGAAGAGGAAAGAACCUCUGGAGCUUGAAGAGGGAGACAUGAAAAGGCCACGACCCUCGACCCCGCCAGAUGAGGAUGACGAAGCUCGGAGAAUGCCAGAGGCUGACAGGCAUGGCGCUGAAAGGGACAACAAGAGGAGGAGAAAGAAGCCAAGAAACCGCAAGCCCUGGGAGCUCGGCAGCGAGGGAGAGGAAACGUCGGACGGCUCCUCGACAGAAAAGGAGGAUGAGGAAGAAGAGCAAAGUGAAAAGGAGUCUGAUGACGAUGCCCUCAGCGCUGACAGUGACGAUGAGAGCCUCUCCUCGUCCUCCGAUGGCUCUUCCUCCUCAGCGUCCUCGUCUUCGUCGUCUGAGGAUGAAGAGGAAGGAGAGAGGGCCGAUAGUGACGGACCGGACACCAUGGACGAGUCGACCCUGGACAGCACAACAGAGAAAGAGGAUGGCCGGGGAAAUCAUGCAGCUGCUGUUCCAAAGGCAGAGAUCAAACCAGGUGAAGCCAAGAGCGGCAAGGCAGAUACGACGACGGCACCCGACAAGCGGCCUCCGUCACCACCGUACCCGCGUCCCUCGUCCCCCGUUGUUCUCGUGCCCCCUCUCAAGAAGCGCAGGAAAACGGUCUCGUUCUCCACAGAGGAGAACGACGGCAAAGUGCAGCUGCCGAGCGCGGCGCUAUCUCCAUCUCCCUCGCAAGUGGCGGGUGAAUCUCCCCUCCUCUCCCCCUCCACCACUGCUGCCCAAACCCCCUCGGCUCGUCCCUCUCAAGGCAUCCAGCUGCUCCCCUUCGCCUCAAAGCCCGGCGAAGGCAACGCCCUCUUUGUUCCCCCGUCUGGACGAACUCCAGAUUCUGAUGAAUCCAAAAAGGGACCCCCUGUUUCACCCCAGACCACACCUGUCAAAUCCCCAGGCAAACGGGGUGUGGGCAAAGACUCCCCCAAAUCCCCUGCACCUCCCGUUAUGGUGUGCCGCACUGUGCAGAAUCUGCCCAUGGAUCAUGCGUCCAUGUGCAGGAUGGCCUUUGAGGAGGCCCCUCCACCGCCUCCUGUCAACAAACGGUCCCGAGGCAGACCUCGGACGCCCAGCUUCUCCGCCUCAUCCUGUCACUCCCUCAGAGAGGAGGAUGAGGGUGAGGAGGAAAGCGAGCAGAGGUUAAGACUCAGAGAGCAGCUGGGGGCAUCGAGCCUCCUGCAGCUGGCCUCGGCCUCCACCGCCGAUCUGUCCGUGUUGGCUGACGUAGCCCUGAAAAUGGACCCCGAUGCCGGGGACUCGGAGGAGACGGAGACAUCCGACGAGGCAGAGGAGCAGAAGAUGGAAGGGGGUCUCUUCUCCCCGGAGUCGCUGGCCCUGGUUAUGAACCCAGAGGGCGUAGUUGUCCUUACGGAGCACAACUACUGCAAACCCCCCGUUCUCACAGCAGCGCCCAGUACCAAAAGAACUUCCAGCAAACAGGACUCUUCGGUCUUGCUCCCGGCUGACCUCAACGCGAUCUCCGGGGUGCUUGAGGCACCAGAGGAGGUCAUCGGUGAGGCGCUACCACCCAGGGGCGAUGCAGGAGAAUGCUUGUCUGCGGCGGUGGUGCCUUUUGAGUCCGAGGACGUGGGCCAGGCCACGGCUGCUCCUCCAUUGUCGAAGAAGAAGGGUAAGGGUUCGGAACAUGAAAAGGAGGAGAGCAAAAAAAGAAGGAGAAAAGACAAAGAAAACCUUGAGGUGCAUAACACGAAAAAACAGGAGCAGCCGGGCAAGAAGCAGAAGAAGCGGAAGCUCGAGGUCUCAGACUUCGAGGAAGAGGUGGACGUGGAGGAGCUGGAGUCCGGCGAGCUGUCCAGCACGGACACGGAAGGGGACGAUGCGGUCGAAGAGGUGCGGAAGAGCGAGCGCCUCUUCCUGCAGGAGGCAGGCGUGGCGUCGUCCCAGCACUGGCCGAAGCCCGUGCCUGCGCCCGAGCUUCCCGCCGUGAAGUUCGACAACCGCAGUGAGUUUGAGCAGAUGACCAUCCUGUACGACAUCUGGAACUCUGGCCUGGACGGCGAAGACCUGACGCUGCUGAAGAGGACUUACGAGAAGCUGCUGCAGGACGACCACAGCUCCGACUGGCUCAACGAUACGCACUGGGUCAACCACACGAUAACCAAUUUGCCGAAUCCUCGGCGCAAGAAGAAGAGCGCGGACGGGCAGCUUCGUCAGCACGUGACCGGCUGUGCGAGGAGCGAGGGCUACUACGCCAUCAGCCGCAAGGAGAAGGAUGUAUACCUCGACCUGGAUCUGCCCGAGCAGGUCAUACGGGAAGUGGAGAACGUCGACAGCUCGGGCGUCAACCGGGUGCUGUCGGAGAGACGCUCGGAGCAGCGGCGACUCCUCACCGUCAUCGGCACCACGGCCGUCAUGGACUCUGACCUGCUCAAACUCAACCAGCUUAAGUUCCGCAAAAAGAGGCUUCGUUUCGGGCGCAGCAGGAUCCACGAGUGGGGCCUGUUCGCCAUGGAGCCCAUCGCCGCUGAUGAGAUGGUCAUCGAGUAUGUGGGUCAGAACAUCAGACAGAUGGUUGCGGACAAUCGGGAGAAGCGGUACGCACAGCAGGGCAUCGGCAGCAGCUACUUGUUCCGGGUGGACCACGACACGAUCAUAGACGCCACCAAGUGCGGCAACCUGGCGCGGUUCAUCAACCACUGCUGCACUCCAAACUGCUACGCCAAGGUCAUCACCAUAGAGUCCCAGAAGAAGAUUGUGAUCUACUCCAAGCAGGCCAUCGCCGUCAACGAAGAGAUCACCUACGACUACAAGUUCCCCCUGGAGGACAACAAGAUCCCCUGCCUGUGCGGCACAGAGAACUGCCGCGGGACGCUCAACUAGUGGGACGUACUUAUCCCCCCCCCCCCCACUUGCCAAUGGCCAGCCAGACACGCACACAGUCCCCCCUCCCCCCGGUUGCCCUCCUCAGAGGGUACAUUGAAUUAAAGCCACCACCCCCCUCCUCCGGAUGGCCCUCGCAGCCGUCCUCAUAACUACCCAGGAAACAAGAGAGACGCACACACUUGCACUUUUCACGCACAUUUUUCAAUUCACUUGGCAGGUUUUCACAAGCCCAGUGUGUGGCGGCGGGGUUGUGUAAACCUGGCAUUUGAAUACUAUUCGGGGGGGGGGCCCUCUGCUUCAGCAUGAGUUCUUGUUUGGCAGUAUUGUUGGACUCGAUUGGGUAAUGUGUUUCCACCCAGCUAGGCGUGAGAGGUCAGUGUGUCUCCGUGCCAACAUGCAGGAAGCAGGAAGACAAUGAAAACUAAUAAAAAACAGAAGAAAAAAAACAUCAGUAUUUUUUACACUACGUCAGCUCACGUACAUCUGCAGCCUGGGGUCACGCUCCCUGUGUCAGACCCCACCCAACCCACAGAUCCACAUGCAGACGCACAGGAACAUCCCACAAAAAUUCAGGGUUUUUCUUGUCAAGGGCGAACGUCUCAAGACGAUAAACUUCAAUCGAUUUGGUUUUUCAGUUAUGCAAGAUUUCCUAGUGUGACGAUGGUUUUCAAGCUUUUAAAAAAAAAAAUUCAUUUCACGGUAUUCUAAUAAUAUUAUUGCUGUUAUUAAUGAUAUUUGUUAUUUAGUUUGCGUUAGCUGUACGUAUCUUACAGUGACUGUCCACAGUUGCUUCACCAGCCCCCCUAUAAAAAAAACUGUCGCUUCCCUUCCCUCGCUGUUCCGUCGCUCUCCUGAUUUGCCACGAGCGGCUGUCUGGAUGAGAUUUAAUGUCCCCCCUUAUAGAAAACUACUAGUUUUUUAAAAACGCGGCGUGAAAAUGUGUGUCAUUUAAGUUCCUAGCUUAAACAUGUGUUAUUUCUACCUGGCUGCUGAAUUUUGUCUGCUGGAUCAGCUCAACCGAAAUUGGCCUUUUUUCCCUCUUUUUGCCUAUUUCCCCCCCUCGAGUUUGAGCUCUGUGAACUAAAGGUCUUGUAGAGGACAACUUGUUAAGUCUGACUGUGUGUCUGUGUGUCUGUCUGUGGUUAGUUCAGUUGCAUCCUCGUGUUUUGUUUUUAUCAGCGGAUGUCAGAUUCCCAUUUCAAGAGGGUGAAAACGUUUUUCCGCUGUCUAUCUUAGUCACUGUGUGUGCUACAGAUGUUUUUAAAAGGCACAUUUAUUUCAUUGGGUCUGGUCUCUUUUAAGUUCUGCCCCCCCCCCCCCCCCCCCCCCGUAUUUCCUCUCCAGAAUUCAUUAGUAUGUAGUUUACUUGAGUGUGGAAGUAGAAAACAUCGCCCUCCCGAUCAGCUUUUUCAGCUCAAGGCAAACGUGUCCCGCUCACGAUCUGUUUGCAGAUGGACGAUACAAACUGUGCGUGUUUGUGACAGCGCUGCAGAUUGACAUAUUGUCUAUGGGCCCCCUGCGUCGUGUCUCUGUUUUGUUUUUUUUUAUUUCAUAUGGCCGUGGCCGUCCAAAGUUUAACUUUAAACUCGCAGAAGACUCUUGUUUUUCCUGUUUUUUUGUUCCCUCCCAAACAGGAAAAGUGUGUAAGAUAUUUCUUGUGGUAAUGAAAAAAGCCUUUCAGUACAAACCUACUCCCUCUUUUACUACAGGACGAGAAGAUGAAAGGAAGAAAAGAAAAAAAGGAAAAACAAAACAAAGAAGUACAUGUAAAUAUUGUAGAGGUGUUUGUUUCUCGUAGAAACACACUGAUUCCGAGCUGUAAAUAUGUUGUUCCUUUUCCUCCCUCCACGAGGAGGAAACAUGUACAUACCUUCCAUUCAUUUCCUUUUUUUUGUUAUUGUUUUUUUUCUCCUUUUAAUUUGAUGAUUAUUUUAAUAUUAUUUGCAAUAUUUUCUCUUGUAUUAAUGCGUUGGACCCUUUAUUAAUGGUGCAUUAAAAUAUUUUUUAAAUAAA